AUGCAUAUCCUGCAAGGCUUGCUCGCUCUUCAAUUGUCUCUUUGUCAUGUCAACGCAUUGACUGCCAGUUCGCGUGUGUCGAAGAGGUCAUCUGCUAGUGCAAGUGCUUCUGCGUCGGCUUCAUCUUGCCCAGACUACAAUGAUUAUUCGAAAGUGAGCCACGAGCCGCUCUCCUCUGGACCCUUGAAGCUUGCGUAUACGCGACCAAGCAAGCAAUGCAGAACUUUCCAUUCUGAUGCAGUCGAGCAGAUGAUCAAUCAGACCGUUGCCAUGAUUAGCAAUCCUGACAUUGCUCGCAUCUUUGAAAACACAGUUGCAUCGACCCUCGACACGACAAUCAAGUACCACAACAACUCCCGAUCCAACCCGCAAAGUUUCGUCAUUACUGGCGAUAUCAAUGCAGAAUGGCUCAGGGAUGCCUCCUUCCAAUUAACGCCAUACUACAAUUUAGUCGCCAACGACAGUGCUUUGGCUACUUUGAUUGCUGGCGCCGUCCAGUCCCAGGCAUACUUUGUCAAUACUUCUCCUUAUUGCAACUCUUUCCAACCGUUCCCGGAGUCUGGUGUGGCGCCAACAGUCAAUGAAUACGGCAAGGCAGACGUCGUCAAGCCAAAGAUUGACAAGAACAAGGUCUUUGAGUGCAAGUAUGAGAUUGACUCCCUGGCUGCGUUCCUCAGGAUCUCGAGGAUGUACUAUGAACAUUCUCAGGACAACUCUAUGUUUACCGCAGCUUGGAUCAAAGCUGUUAAAAAUGUCUUUUCGGUCAUCGCUGCAGAGUCGAGGCCAUCCUUCAAUUCGUCUGGUAUUUUCCAAGUUCCAGCAUACACUUUUCAAAGGACGACUGAUCUCGCAACAGAGACACUUGCAAUUCUUGGCGCUGGCUACCCAGUAAAUGGCAAUGUCAGUAUGGUUCGAUCAGCCUUCCGACCGAGUGACGAUUCAACCAUCUUACAAUACUUCGUGCCUGGAAACGCCAUGCUCUCUGUUGAGCUCGGUCAUCUCAGCUCUUUGCUCAAGGCAGCCGGGAACCAAAAAGCAAUUGCCAGUAAUGUCACUGGACUUGCAGACAAAGCCAUGAAUCUUUCCACUAGCAUUCGCAAUGCCAUUUACGAACAUGCCGUGAUCGAGCAUCCAAUCUAUGGCAAGGUCUUUGCCUACGAAAUUGAUGGCUACGGCGGCCGCAUACUCAUGGAUGACGCCAAUAUGCCAUCUCUACUCUCGCUGCCAUACCUGGGCUUUGUCAACAGGACCGACAGUGUGUAUCUCAACACACGAAAGAUGAUAUUAUCUGCCAACAGCAAUGCAUAUUACAUCAAGGGUUCCAACAUGGCUGGAAUUGGCUCCAUUCACACACCGCUUACAAAUGUGUGGCCCAUGUCUCUGCUUGUUCAGGCGUUGACCAGUGACAAUGAGACUGAGGUCUCAUCGCUCAUAACUCAGGUGGCAAACACGACAAACGGACUUGGACUCAUCCAUGAAAGUGUCAAUGUCGGCAACUCGACCGAUUAUUCUCGACCCUGGUUUUCUUGGGCGAAUGCCAUGUUUGGAGUGGCCAUUUUGGACAUUCAGCAGCGGUUCCCAUCACUCCUCAAGCAGUAG